CGGGGCGGAGCGGGGCGAUGUUCGGGGACCGGGCAGCGGUUGGGGUGUGCGCGCAGCGCUCACCCUAAGGGCAGCUCCGUCUCUCCGGCUGCAGCGAUGAGCCACGGCCCCGAAAACACGUCCCCUCCGCCCCGGGGGUGCAGCCCCGGCCGGCAGCCCCUCGGCCCCGGCAGCCGGGGCAUGGACGUGCUGCGCUGCCCGUCCUGCCUCCUCCUGCUGUGGGAGCCGGUGACGGUGUCCUGCGGGCACACUGUCUGCAAGGGGUGCCUCGGGGGGCCCCGCUGCCCGCUGUGCCAGGACAGGCUGAAGGUGCUGGGCGUCGGGGCGGCGAGGAGCAGCGUGGUGCUCUGCGGCCUCCUGGAGAAGUGCGUGCCCCUGGAGAGCCGGCUGGCCGGGCUGGUGGCCCGCGUCCGGGACCGCCUCACGCGUGGGGACGUGCGGGAGGCGCUGAGGAUGGCGCAGAGAGGGGUCGAGCUGGCCCCAGAUGCCAGCUGCCUGCGGCUGUGCCGGGCAGAAGCAUUUGCAGCACUGGGGCAGCACACAGAGGCACUGGAGGACCUGGAUGCUGUGUGCAAGGCUGAGCCCAGAGACCAUGAGGGUUUUUUCAGGAAAGGGAAGGUGCUUCUGGAGAUGGGGCAGAGAGCUGAAGCCCUGCAGGCAUGGGAACACUGCCUGGCACUCAAUCCCCAUUUCCACCCUUCUCGGAAAGAGAUGGAGAAGAUCUUAAUGCAAGAGGGUGCUCCCCAGGCACACACGGCUGCUGCAUGCUCGGGUGAUGCUCAUCAGGGCUCAACUGGUCCCCAGGUUGAUGGAUGGAGCCCUGUGCUCCCAUCUUCUGCAGAAGCUCAGGCUCAGGAGGGAGAGCCAACAGAUGGCAAAGGGGAUGCUCAGUCUGAGCACAGCCAAGGGACAGCCACCCUUUCCCAGCUGGGGCAACAGCAAGAACCGGAGACUUCAGCACAGAGGCAGGGCCAGUGGUUGGUAGAUAACAAAGAAGAAAUAACCCAGCCCUGCUGGGAGCUGCUGAGUGUAUCUGACGUGGAGUGCUCCCUCUGCAUGCGGAUGUUCUUUGAGCCAGUGACGACGCCGUGUGGGCACACCUUCUGCAAGGAGUGCCUCGAGCGCUGCCUGGACCACCGGCCCAACUGCCCCCUCUGCAAACAGAGCCUGAGAGAGUACCUGAAGGCUGGAAGCUACAGCCCCACUGUGCUGCUGCAGGACAUCAUACUGGCCACCUUCCCCACUGAGCUGGCUGAGCGCAGGGACCUGCACCAGGCUGAGAUAGCAGAGCUUUCCAACCUGACCAAGAACAUCCCCAUCUUUGUGUGCACGAUGUCCUUCCCCGGCAUUGCCUGCCCUCUGCAUGUCUUCGAGCCUCGCUACCGCCUCAUGAUCCGGCGGUGCCAGGAGACCGGCACGAGGAGGUUCGGGAUGUGUAUAUAUGAGCAUGGGAAAAGUUUUGCUGACUACGGCUGCAUGUUGGAGAUACGGCAGAUCGAGCUGCUGGCGGAUGGCAGGUCCUUGGUGGACACCAUCGGCCGGCGGCGGUUCCGGGUGCUGAGCCGUGGCCACAGGGACGGCUACAACACUGCUGACAUCGAGUAUCUGGAGGACAGGAAGGUGGCUGGGGAGGAGCUGCAGGAGCUGCAGUGCCUGCACGAAAGCACCUACCGCUUGGCUCAGCAGUUCUGUGAACAUCAAGACCUUGCCUCAAGGCACAUUUUGAUGCAGCAUGGACCGCUGCCGGAGAAGGAGGAGGAUAUCCAGGCUUCAGCAGACGGCCCGACGUGGUGCUGGUGGCUCAUCUCCAUCCUGCCCCUUGACCAGUCCUACCAGCUGAACCUCUUCUCAACCACAUCCCUGCGCGCUCGCCUCAUGCAACUGCAGCACAUCCUGGCCAUUCUGCUGCAGCAGCCCCCUGAGCGCAGUCCCCGGGGCCAUGUCUGAGCCCCCCAGUUCUGGGAGAGCACCCCAAGGGAUUCUUAUGUGUUUAAGUGUGGUUGAGCCCCUCCAAAAGUGACCUUGGUGAUGAGCUGGGCACCCUCUGCCUGGGUCAGUGGGGCUGGUGCUGCAUCAGCAGUGAUGCUGCGCUAUAGUGACACUGCACCGUCCAUGCUGCCUCCAGGAGCUGCUUGGUGUGUGGCAGUGCCAUGCUGCCAAAGUGGGGACUGGGAUGGAAAGAUGGGUUGUGUCUCGGGAACUAAAAUCACUUCUAGAGCUGAUUUGGUGCUAAGGAUUGUCCUUAGGGCAGAGGACUGGGUGCCAGGAUCGCCUCGGUUUUGGCUCUCCUUUGGAAGACAACAUAGGGGUUUUUGAUAUCUGGUCCAGCUCCAUGUAGCAGAUUUAGAGGCUUGGGAGAGGUGGCACCAGGGGGCAGGGAUGUUGUGACGGCUUUCUUGUGCCACCGCUUACAACUUUGACUUCAUUUCUAUUUAAACAAGAAGAAAGAUUAAAUUAAACCAUCUGAAACCCAUGGUCCUGCUCUUACCCACCUCCAUGGCACAGAGCAAGGAGAUGCUGCUUUCCAAAUGUAUCUGGGUCUGGGCAUUCCCUUCCCACUGCUCUGCUUGGUGCUGUGCCAUGUCUGCUGUGCUGAGUUUGCUGGCCCUGGAGCUGUGCUGGAGGCUCCUGGCCGCUUCUCUGACUGCCAGCUCCACUGCUGUGAAGUGCUGUGGGAAGGGGGAUAAUUUGGCAGCAUUGGUGCUUUUUCCCCCACCUAAAGGCUGCUGUUCCCAGGCCUGGCUGAGUUCAGGUUCCAGAUUUGGACCUGCGGGCUGGAAGGAGCCUAUGACACGAGGGAGUUCAGCCUGGCAGUGAUUUUGUGAGACUUUCUGCUCCUUGCCUACUGCAGUUUUCCCUGUGUUCAGUGUUUCUUGUAAACUUUCUGCCUCCUCAGGAGAAGUCAGGAUCUGAGCUGAGGCCAAAUCCUUGCACUUGGGACCCAGAACAGUUCGGGAUCCCCCGAAAGAGCACAGAGUGAAGUUAAAGGGAGCCAAACCUCUGGAGAGGCAGGGAGAGGGUAGGACCGGUGUCUGAGACUGAGCACCUUGUCAGGGGGGAAACUGCCUGUCUGCAGAGUGCCUGUCUUCUGCUUUCUCUAACCAUAGGGAAGAUUAUUCCCCUGGACAGACCAGGCUUUCCUCCAUGGAAAUCCUGAAGGUCUGAGAUUUUUUUUUGUCUCACAUCUGUAAUUUCAGUGGUUUUGGGUUGAAUUUUAGGAAUGACAUCCACUCGGUCAUUGGAUUAACACUGCUUCCAAACUUUAUCCCUGCUCCUCUCAAGGACUCCACACCCCAUCUAGGAACUCAGUGUGCUGUGGGACCUGUGUGUGGGAGAGAAAAUCAGGCUGUGACUACAAUGCUCCUUACUGCAUGUGUUGCUGGGGCAGGAGGCUCUGGACACAGCUCUGGAGGCCUCUGCCCAGUGCCACCACCUUUCCCUGUCCUGUUCUCUCCAGAAACAAGAGGUCUCAUUCCAUUCUUUCCAGUAAAGUGCCUCCCCAGAGCAACAGUUGGGGCCCAGAGCUCCGCAAGGACCAGAGGAAGCACAAGGCAGCUGAGGGCGAUUCAAAGCUGGAUUUGAUUCUCUACCUAUAUGCCAUGUCCUCUUCUACUUUGCCUCUGUCUCUGGGGCACCAUGAUUCCCUCAAGAGGCUGUGUCUCCAGGAUGUCGGAUGGGGCUGGGCAUGGAGGGAUGCCUUGUAAUCCUGGGCAGGUACAUGCAGGUGUCAGGGUGCCCUUGGCAUUUGGGAAUUGCCUUUCUAUGCUGUGGCUUCAAUGUGAACUUACCCAGUGGCUCCCCCCAUCCCAAGCACCUUACCUACCUUUUCCUCACUUGUGGGAGCUCCCUGGGCUUCUGUGGGUCCCUCCAGCAAGGGGGUGGCAUUAGGGGUGCAGUGGAGAAGUGUAGGUCUACACAGUGUCCACACUGGGGCCAGAGCCACAUCUGCCUGUGAAGAAGGGAAGGGACUGGUGCAAAUCACUGCAGUUUGCCUGUAGCACCUUUGGGGUUUGUAUUAAUAUCGUUGUUCUUUGAAUUAAUUUUUCUUCCUGAUCCUUGAAAUAAAAGACUUCUUUUU